AUGGUGAGAGGGAAAACUCAGCUGAAAAGGAUAGAGAAGACAACAAAUAGGCAAGUGACCUUCUCAAAGCGCAGAAAUGGGCUUCUUAAGAAGGCUUUUGAGCUAUCAGUUCUUUGUGAUGCCGAAGUUGCACUCAUCAUCUUCUCUUCGAAUGGGAAGCUCUAUGAGUUCUCAAGUUCCAGAUGUUCCAGUAUCAAGAAGACAAUAGAACGCUAUCAGAAGAAUGCCAAGAACCUAGGAGUUGCCAAAAUUGCAGUUGAAGAAACUAUGCAGCAUUUCAAGGAAGAGGCUGCUACCAUGACCAAGAAGAUUGAGCUUCUUGAAGACUAUAAAAGAAACUUGUUAGGAGAUGGCUUGGAGUCUCGCUCUAUUGAUGACCUACAAAACAUAGAAGACCAGCUGGAACAAAGUUUAAGUAGCAUUAGGGCAAGAAAGAAUCAGUUAUUCAAGGAGAAGAUUGAGCAGCUGAAGGUAAAGGUAAACUCUGUGAUAUAAAGUGUACAUAAAUAUGCAAACAUGAAUACAUGCUAAAGUCCUGUUACCUUUUCCUGGCAUAAUUCAGGAAAGAAAGCUAGCAAAAGAAAUUGCAGAAUUGAGGAAGGUGUGGGCUAUUAUUUUCUUGUUUGAUCUACUUACCUGUUAUAGACAACGAUCAAAAUUUAGUUUCGCAUAGUUUUGGCGAGUUUGGAAACAAAAAUUUUUCGGUAAUAUUUUGAAAAAAUUUCAGAAACAAAGAAAAAUAUUAAAAAUUUAUUUCCAGAACAUUGAUCGAAACAUGCUGAAACACAUCGAAACACUGAAAUUUUGAUAUUAAAUUAAUGAUUCGUUUUUGCUUUUAUAGAGAUAAAAAUGUUUCGAAACGAAAUUUAAUUCUUUAAUUAUAGACAUACACAUGGUUCUGGGCUUCAAACAUAUAAACAUUUGUUUUAAUGAUACGGUAGAUAUAGAUCAUUCAUCGUGUAUAGAAACUCAUUUAUAUUAUGGCGGGUUCUACUUGAAUUCACGACGGGUAAUAGGGAAAUUAAGAGGAUAUGUAUUGAAGAGAAUCAAAACCCAAAAGUCCAUUGCUUAUUGUUUUUCUUUUUUGUUUGAAUGUGAGUACAUAUAAUUUUUGAACACAAGUGCUUAUUUUCAGCUUGAGGUACAGCCGCUGCAACAAUCAAUUACACAGCAAGAAGCACCCAAGGAGGGGCAAACUUUUGCUGUAGAGACAGAAUUGUUUAUAGGUCUACCAGAAAGACGGACAGACCAUUACUUUUUACAAAAUUGAUACUCAUCUGGUAAAGCUACACCAUUUUCAUGCUUUUAGGGACUCAGAUUUUCGAGUUGCCCUUGAUGCACCAAGUCGUAGAGGUGAUAAAUAAGCGGGUUGGACAAGUUCUUCUCCAGUAUGGGAUUAUCAUGCACUAGUACUUGUAUAGUUGGGUAUAAACACUUGCCUGGAAAGUAACGGUAUUGUAUUACAGGAAAAUUGAAUGCUGUUUGUAUCAAUAGCCAUUUGCUUCUCUGUCUUGUUCUUCGCAGUAUGUUCUUUUUGCAUUUGAGCCUGGAAAUAUGAC